AUGAUACCCAAUCAAACAAGCAACCAAUAAAAAGAUAAUUAACCUCCUUAACAGCCUUCAUAAAAUUAAUCUUUUUAAUCAGUAGAAUAAACCUAAUCUGUUGAGAAAGUUAAACAAAUUUCAAAGCCUAAAACUGAAAAGCCAAAUAACACUAAACGCUCUUACACAAAAAGAAAAUAACCAACACUUAAUCUAUAAAAGCCUAUAUAGGUGUCUCCAUAAUAAUAGUUACCAUUUUUAAUGCCAUAGUAACUAUAUCAACCAUCUUUUUAUCAACUACCUAAUUUCUAUGAUAAUUUAUAAGCCUAAAAAUAUGCAGAAAUGUAAAUAGAAGAUUCAAUUUAAAAGGUAGUAAACUCAAAAAACCAUAAAAAAUAAAUGUAGAAUCUCGAAAAGGGACUCGUUUUAGAUGUGGAAACUUUACAAAAGCACUUCUAGUUCAAUAAAAAUCAAGAUUAGACUAUUCCAGUUAUGGUUUCAGUCAAAACCUUAGACUAGACAAACGAUAUGGAAGUUAAAUCAAAUCCAUUAGAAGGUAGACCAAAUCUUGAUUUGAUUUGCGUAAUUGAUAACUCUGGAUCUAUGAAUGACUUCUCAAAAAUAGAAAAUGUUAAAAAUACUAUACUUUAACUUCUUGAGAUGCUCAAUGAAAAUGAUAGAUUAUCAUUAAUCACAUUUAACACUAAAGCCAAACAGCUUUGUGGGCUAAAAAAUGUGAACAAUUAAAAUAAAAAAUCCCUUUAAACUAUUACAAAGUCAAUUAAAGCUGAUGGUGGUACAGAUAUUAUUAGAGGCAUAGAAAUUGCAUUUUAAAUCUUACAAAGUAGAAAACAAAAGAAUUCAGUGAGUUCGAUUUUCUUACUUUCGGAUGGUCAAGAUAAUUUGGCUGAUGCCGGCAUAAAAAAUCUCUUGAAAACAACCUACAAAUAGCUACAGGAAGAGAGUUUCACUAUUCACUCAUUUGGUUUCGGUAAUGAUCAUGAUGGUCCUCUUAUGUAAAAAAUAGCUUAAAUUAAAGAUGGUAGCUUCUAUUUUGUAGAAAAAAAUGAUUAAGUUGAUGAAUUUUUCAUCGAUGCGCUUGGUGGUUUGUUCUCAGUUGUAGCCUAAGACCUCACUAUUAAAAUUGAAAUUAACAGAUAAAAUGAAUUAUUUCAAAAAUUCUUCAAAAACUCUUAUAUCUCAAAGACUUAUGGUCAUAUGUGGAAGAUUAUUAAUCAAAACUAAGAAUUAAGGAUUAAUAUUAACUAAAUUUUCUCAGGAGUUUCUAAAGAUUUCAUUUUUGAAUUGACUGUUCCAAAAUCUGAGAUUAAAGAUUUAUAAGAUUUUGAAAGAAAUUUAGAGAUAAUAAAUGUUUAAUUGACUGCACGCCCUGUUGAUUCAAUGUUACAAACAUUAAAAGAGAGUAAAUUAGUUUUGACUCUGUUUACAGAUAAUGAAUAAGUAGCAUAAGAUUCAGAAAUUAACGAUAAAGUUGAAUUUAACUACAUCAGAGUAAAGGCAGCUUAAGCUAUAGAAGAAGCCAUCAAAUAUGCUGAUCAAAACCAAUACAAUCAAGGACAACAUGUAUUAUCAGAUAUUUUAAAAUAGAUAGAAAAAUCUCACCCUAAAAACUAGGCUAAGCUCUAAGUUCUUAAAGACGAUUUAGUUUAAUGUUAAUAAAACGUGCAACCUUAAGUAUACUAAAUUCAAGGUAGGCUCUUAGCAUAGUAACAAUGUGUUAGUCAUUUUAACUAAUAAUCAUAGGCAGUAAGAUUGAAUGAUAUGUAUUAAAUACCUCUUUAAAGAUAAAUGGUUUAAUAAUAAUAAUAGCAAAAGUAAUAAUAAAUUUGGAAUAAACCUUAAUAAUUGCCUUAAUAAUUAAUCCAGUUAUAAAAAAACCCACAAUAACAAAUCUAGUAAUAAUAACAGUAGUAGUAGUAAUAAUAACAGUAGUAAUAGUAAUAAUAACAGCAGUAGUAGUAAUAAUAAUAAUAACAAUAGCAAUGCUAAUAGGCAUAUUAAUAACAAAAUUAGAAUAACCAUCAUUGA